AUGUAUUAUUUAAUUGUUGUAGGAUCCUUCGCCACCCACCGCUCCCACUCCCAGGACCCGGACCCUGACCCGUCUGCCAAUUCAGACAUCGCAAAGCCGACGUCGAGCGGUCAAACUUUUACAGACAAGCUUGUUUCUGUAAAUUCUUACGGGAAGUCACCCAUUAUGGCCGAACAACUUGACCCGACGUCUGUGAAUGAAAGAAUUGCCGAUGCCACCAAACGGAUAGCGGGCAUCAAAAAUAUCUCAGGAAUAUUUGGUCCAAAAUACUACCUUGUCAACCAACAACCUCCAGUGUUCAACACCGUAGCUAACGGGCUUGCAGAUGUCCAUCCCUAUGUGAAGGUGGCAUUGAGCAUACUCACCUGCGCAUCUAAGAUGGUUCUCGGUCAGGCAAGGCAUUAUGCAUCAAGUUUCCCCCUCCAAGUGCACACUUCCUAUAUUCAGUCUCUCGCAAUCUCGCCUGAUGGCAAACACAUUGUGUCGGGUUCAGCUGACAAGACAAUCCGUGUGUCGGAUGCGGAGACUGGCAAGUCUGUCGCAAUCUCGCCGGAUGCAAAAUGCGUCGUGUCUGGUUCAGAUGACAAGACGAUUCGGGUAUGGGAUCUGGGGACUAGCAAGAAAUUGCGCACUCUCCGAGGACACACUGACUGUGUUCAGUCUGUUGCAAUCUCGCCAGAUAGUACACUCGUUGUGUCUGGUUCAUCUGACAAGAUGAUCCGGGUGUGGGAUAUAAAGACCGGCAAGCCAUUAGGUGACCCUCUUGGAGGGCACACUAGCAAUGUUCUGUCUGUCGCAAUGGCAAAUACAUCGUGUCUGGUUCAGACGACAGGACUAUCCGGGUGUGGGACCUAGAUUUUCUCGACCGGCACCACCCCUUCACAGAACCUUCAGUAUAUCUCUCACCAUCCCGGCACAUGCUCUUCAUUCCGCCUCCUCCUUUCUCCAGGAUUCUUCUACCGCAAUCUCUCUUGCCCCAAACGAGGAGGGAUGGUUUGUAGGUUCAGACGGAUGGCUUCUUCUGUGGAUCCCACUCAAUUUCUACCCAGUGAUGUAUGCCCCAGGCAACACGCUGGUGAUAGCCAAUCGUGCCUCGCAGUUCGAUUUAAGUUGUCUUGCACACGGUACAUCAUAGCACAAGUGUCGGGAACCGCAGGCUAGCUUGUCUUCAUCAUAAUUUCUUCAUGGGUUGCGCUUUUGAUACAUACACUAACAAAUGUACACUACAACAGAUCUACGCAUCCUGUUCGCCAUUUCUCAAUCUACAGCCUUUACUUGUACUUCUUCUGCUCUAUUCUACUGCAGC